GGAGGCGCACUAGGGCGCAGGCGGCCCGGCCAUGAGCAGCCGGGCAGGCCCGGGCCCCGGCCCCGGCGCCCCGUCUUCUCCCCCGCCCGCCUCCCCGGCCACCCCGAGGCCCGGGUCCGAGACCGGGCUGGACGAGCCAGAUGCCCCCACCACUUUCUGUAAGCUCCUGCCCAGGAUGUCUCCAUGGAAGUUCGCGGGGCCCGCCGCCUUUCUCAGCCGCAGCCCGUCCAGCGCGGGCAAGGAGCUGGCCCCAGCAUCGGCCACCAAGGGCGGCGGCCUGGAGGAGGUGUCCGCGCCGGGAUCCGGGACUGGGCCCGGCCUGGCCGCAGUACUGGGCGCCUGCGAACCCGUGUGCGCCAGCCCCUGCUCCUUGCAGCUGAUGAGCCGCUGCCGAGGCACGGCCGGGGCCCGCCAGGCCGGGGCUGCUGCCGGAGCGCGGGGAGUUGGGUCCGGGGCGCGACCACCGCCGGCCGGCGACGAAUGGAGUCGCAAAGGCAGUUUUAUCCACAAGCCCCCGCAGGGCUGGCUGCACCCGGACGACAGGGUCCUGGGGCCGGGGGUCUCCUACAUCGUGCGGUACAUGGGCUGCAUAGAGGUACUACGUUCCAUGAGGUCCCUGGAUUUUAACACCCGGACCCAGGUUACCCGGGAGGCGAUCAAUAGGCUUUAUGAAGCAGUGCCUGGUGUCCGAGGUGCCUGGAAGAAAAAGGCCCCCAACAAAGCCCUUUUCUCCAUCCUUGGGAAGAGCAACCUCCGUUUUGCUGGUAUGAGUAUUACAAUCAACAUCUCCAUCGAUGGGCUCAACCUCAUGGUGCCCACCACUCGCCAGAUCAUCGCUAACCAUCACAUGCAGUCCAUCUCCUUCGCCUCCGGUGGCGACACGGACAUGACCGAUUACGUGGCCUAUGUGGCAAAGGAUCCCAUUAACCAGAGAGCCUGUCACAUCCUGGAGUGCUGCGAAGGAUUAGCCCAGAACGUCAUCAGCACUGUGGGCCAGGCCUUCGAGCUGCGCUUCAAACAGUAUCUCUACAGCCCCCCCAAAGUGGCCAUUCCCCCCGAAAGGAUGUUGGGGAACGAGGAGUCAACUUGGGGUGAGGAGGAGGAUGUCAACGAACACGAUUAUUAUAACAGCAUCCCUGGGAAGGAGCCCCCCCUGGGCGGCCUGGUGGACUCCCGGCUCUGGGCGCCCAGCUAUGUCCACACCCAGCCCCCCAGCUCAGGGGCUUUCAGCCAGAUUGGAUCCCCGGCCCGGAGAGAGCAACGGAGUCAGGCUGGCCUGCACUGGGACCUGGGUCUCCCUGGCCAGCCCUGUGACGAUGGCUACCUGCAGGCAGACAGCCGGCCUCUGGGCUCCCGGGACUAUGAGGAGCACAUGUAUGUGAACACCCAGAACCUGGAGAGCUGGGAGACUGAGCCUGCAGCCCCGGAGGAGAGCCCUAAGAAGGACCUUUUUGAUAUGAGGCCCUUUGAAGACGCCCUGAAACUGCACGAGUGUUCCGUGGCCAGCAGCGGGCCCAUCCCCAUCGAGGACCAGUGGCCCAGCCCUCCCACUCGUCGGGCUCCCAUUGCCCCAACAGAGGAGCAGCUCCGCCGAGAACCCUGGUACCAUGGCAAGAUGAGCCGGCGGGCAGCCGAGAAAUUGCUCAGGACAGAUGGGGACUUCCUGGUGCGGGACAGCGUCACUAACCCCGGGCAGUAUGUCCUAACGGGCAUGCACGGGGGUCAGCCCAAGCACCUGCUCCUGGUGGACCCCGAGGGCGUGGUACGGACCAAGGAUGUGCUGUUUGAGAGCAUCAGCCACCUUAUUGAUUACCAUCUGCAAAACGGGCAGCCCAUCCUGGCCGCUGAGAGUGAACUGCACCUGCGAGACGUGGUGAAGCGAGAACCCUGACCCGGCCUAGGGUGUGUCCCAGGGAGAGGGUGCUGUUCGCUUUCCAGGGUCCCUGGACUGGGCCGUUUAAAGAGAGACGAAAAGGCCAGGCUACAAGUGUCCUUUCCCUCACCCCCUCCUCACAUGUACUGCAUCAUAGAACAUAGAACAUAAGGUUUUAGAGAUGGAAGGGCUCUUCCAACAAUUUAUCAGAACUGGAAGAGUUCUCAGAACAUGAAUGUCAGAACUGGAGGGCCUCAGUGUCUCUACCAGAAACCCAAUGCCAACUUAUGUAGGUGGGCAGAAACCAUCUGCUCCUGCCCUCCCUGGCCCUCCUUUCCUUUGUAAGAGGAAGAGUCUAGAUUCGGAGGCUCCCCCCAGUCUGACAGUGUAUGUGCUCCGAUCCCUUUUAGUCUAGACGUUCUGUGUUCGGUGUUCUGGGUCCCUUCUUGUUCUGAAGUGCUACAGGUCCUCUCCUUUCACUGUCCCCAGCUCCCAGAUGGUUCCUUCUCCAUCUGCUUGCCUGUGCUCGCCCUUACAGCUCCAGCUCUGGCCCUACCCUCCCUCAUCCUUCUUGGAUGGGUAUGUCUCCGCCCAGCACUGAGCCUGGAAUUGCUGUCAUCACCACUCGCCUUCUAAGUGAAGGACCGGCUGCUGCUUCUCCUGGGCCAAGGGGGAUAGGUCAAUCUGGGUCUCUGGGAGCCCCAGCCCUCCCUUCCUUGCCUUCAUUCACCUGGCGUGAAUGUGUUCAUACCAAAGAUGAAACUUUUUCUGACUUUUUUUUAAACAAACGAAUAAUAAUAACAAAAUGAUGGACAACUUCCAA